AUGGGGGAGGACACCUCCAUGUCGGACUACACGUGCUCGGAGGACGAGGGCGCCUCAGGGCGCCGGCUGGGAGCCGCGGGCGCCGCGUGCACCGAGGACGCCGCAAGGCAAAACAAGGGAGGUAAGCCGCGGUCAGCGGGCAUGACAUUAAGGUUCCGAACGGGAACGACCCAUAAACGGCCGUUGGCCGCUACAUCAGCGGAUGAGGACGCCCCGGCCGUGGCGCAUAAAGUGGCCUCCUCUUCGACGAGGGGCCGCGUUAGGCGCCCGGUAGGGGUGUACAGCUUCCUCAAGGAGGCAAAAGACUACCUGGCUGAUGGGGGGGAUAGUGAGGGGGAGGACCCCGACCCAACCUACCGUCCAAGCGGUAGGAAGACGAGCCCCGUAGUGGCCUCUGCAAAAGCCUCUGACGACGGGACCCCCGACGCCCUAUCCAGGGGCACGGUCGAGGCCCUCGCCGAGGAGGCUCUCAAAAGUGUAGAAAAGAUUAAGGAGGAGAUUAAGAAGAGUAGCCACCUAAAGGGUACCGUGUGGGGCCAAAUUAACCGGGCCACUAAAUGCGUUGUUGAAGCGGUUGAGGGCCUCCGCGAUAUAACGCCAGAUGAAGAGCAGCGCAGGCUCCGCGCGGACAAUGCUCGCCUUUCAAGGGAGCUGGAUAUUGUCCGCAACGAGCUGCGUGCCUUCAAGCAGGCGUACGUGGAGUCGCAGCGGAAGUCCGCUGCAGCCCCGAAAGAGGCCACAGGGCCACAGCAGCCCAACUUUGAGGAGGUGCUAAGAUACGCUAUGGAGGAAAUGAAGGGGCAACUCCUGCAGUCGGUAGGCGGGAUGAUCAAUGCCCGCCUACAAGACCUGGAGAUGCGCCUUCCUCCGGAGCCCGUCAUGAGGCCCCCCCUGCGUGCCGACCAACGGCAGCCGCCGCCGCCCCGUCACAAGUCCCGGUCGGGGCUCGUGGAGGGCGCCAUGGAGGUGGAUGGGGAAGCCCAGCCAUCCCCGGCGCCCACACCUAGGGCGGUAAAGAAGGCGCCGAAGAAGGGCGCUGCAAAGCGGCCGACUGCCCCCCCGCCACCUCCUCCCUCCAAGGGAAAACAGGGGGCAGGACAGGCAGACGCGACCCCUCCCCCCCCAACCGCUGGAACAAGUGGAGAGGGGGAAGCCCAGACGGGGACUGUGGGCAACUCCUGGUCCGAGGUUGUCCGGCGGAAGAAGAGGGGAAAUGCCGCUGUCGCUGCUUAUUCCCCCUCCUCAGCCGGAACAACCCGGCAGAUCGCCCCGGCCCCACCAAAGGCCGUUAAAAUCGUGGCCCCAAAAACCGCGGCCAUAGUGGUGACCCUCAAGAAAGGGGCCACCAUGACCAAUGCGGAAGGGGCCACGACUGACGCGAAGUACACCGAGGUCCUGGCAAAGGCCAGGACGCGAAGUACACCGAGGUCCUGGCAAAGGCCAGGUCCUCGAUAUCCCUGA